AUGCUGAAUUCAUGCCUCGGAAGGAAUGAAGAUACCAAUACUACAGAUAUGCAUGGAACGUGCUGACUCUAUUUCUUUGGAUCGUUAAAUCUGGCGUCUGGGCAAGCCUGGACCCAACCACGUUGUUCUAACACGAAGAAAAGUAGGCUGGCGACCCUAAUUAACACACAAGUCAAGAGGUGAUUUCGCUGUUUUGUCUCUUGCAUCGAGUUGUCUUCAAGUUGGCAAUGAUGUGGUCAUCUACUGGUGCUGCCGACUCUAACUGUGCUGAAGAAGCUUCAUAUUGCACAGACACCUGCAGUGUUGUCAUUUUUGGAGAAGCAGGAGCUGGAAAAAGUUCUUUGGUCAAUUUGAUAACUAAAAGCAACAGGGCGCCGACAUCCUGCGACACUAUGGGAUGUACAGUUGAAACCACAGUGUACGAGCACGAGGUUCUGGUUAAGAACCAAACCUUGAAGGUAAAGCUUUUCGAUACACCCGGUCUGAAUGAGGGCUCCGAAGGCAGAGUCCCCGAUGACGAAGCUCGGAAAGUUUUGAAGCAUCUCCUUCGAAAACUCAAGGAGCAAGAGGACAUUCAUCUCCUCAUGUACUGUGUGCAUUACACGAAAGCGGUCAAGACGCUCUGCCGCAACUACAAAUUAUGCUCUUCCGAAGUAUCGACAAGAUGCCCAAUCGUCCUUGUCAUUACAGGAUUGGAGGACAAAAAACCGGAGAUGGAAGAAUGGUGGAGAAAUAACGAGCAAUCCAUCUCACAGCUCAACAUGACCUUUGCUGGCCACGCAUGUGUUACUGCACUGAACAUCGACGAAUAUGCAACAGAGAGGCUCAAGCUACGCCACGACCAAUCACACUAUGCCAUAUGUAAACUCAUUGAAGAGUGUCGUGCAAGGAACAAGGCAAAAAAUAUCGUAAUUUUCGGGGAGACGGGGGCAGGCAAAAGUUCGCUCGUCAACCUCAUGGCGGGAAAGGAGGUGGCAGUCACAUCUCCUGACACACAACGCUGUACGAUGCACUGGAAAGAGUACACCAUCGAAUUUCAUGGCGAGCCUUAUAAGGUUUUCGAUACCGUUGGACUCGAGGAAACGCAGCUGGGUAUCAAAGAGUACCUCGAGGCGGUCGACAACGCCUAUAAACUGAUUAAGAAAUUGGACGCAGAAGGCGGCGUUGAUCUGCUUUUGUUCUGCAUUCGUGCCGGCAGACUCAACGCUACAAUACAGAGCAAUUACCGGCUAUUUCACGAAUUCCUUUGCGAGAAGAAGGUUCCCAUUGUCCUUGUGAUCACACACCUUGAAAGAGAGGCGAGGAUGGACGACUGGUGGGAUAGACAGCAAAGUACCUUCGAAAAAACAUAUGGGAUCCGGGUCGCUGAUCACGCAUGCAUCACUGCCGCUAACAGAUUGGAUGGUCGACACAAAGACCGUUAUGAAGAAUCACGCGUCACGGUCCGCACCCUUGUGGAGAAGUUUACUGUUGAUGACCAUAAGUCAUUAUGGGCCGGAGGGAACAGCCGGUUCGUGUCAUUCAUGCGUAAGCUGAAGGGGUUUCUUCCAGAGCCUUUGGAUGUGAAAAAGAAGGAUAUUGUCUCUCGCCUCAUGCAGCGUUGCAAUUUAUCUCCAGAUGUCGCAAAACAGUUGGCUCAAAUGAUUAAGCAAAUCUAGUAGAAGUAGUUAUUCUCUUUUCGAUACCUAUACUCAGAUUUACUUGUAGAUUUUGUGCUCGUUGAUACGUUACACUAGGACUUCCUAUUUACUGAUGGGCCAUUCGCGAAUCUAUUUGUAUUUCAGAAUACCGGUUUGAAUUAUGUACCAUGUACA